AUGGAAAAAGUCGCCCAUAAAGGCGCUACCUUAAGCAAUGUUGACAGACUGAUAUUUGAUACAUUAAAUUCGAGAACAUCUCCACCUUCUAGUCCUAUAUUUAGCUCAAAAUCGCAAUCUUAUUUCAGAAUUUAUACAUCAAACUCAAGGAUAAUAAGAAAAGAUUUAAAUGGCUUCGAAAGGACUACCCAAGCCACUUUUUGGAACUAUCGAAUGAAAAAACCUUCAAUUGAUUAUAAAGAUUUGCAAAAGCAAACAAGCGGCCAAGAUACUUAUCUUCUUCUUGAAAAUAGAUUUUUUGAUACCAGAAGAAACCUAUUGCAAGCAAAAAGUGAUUUUCUAGAUAUUAAACGAGAUAUUGCUACAUAUGAAUAUGAAUUUGCUAAAAAUGCAUCGAUAAGUUUGAUACUAAUGAAAGUAAGCAAUGCUUCAGCAAAUCUGCCGAUUCCUAUUGAAGAUUUUCAAAAUUCUAAUUUAAGCACUUCAAGCCAUCUUCACCUAUUAAAAGAAAAAUUUUCCCAAAUUCAUCAGUCAGCUCAGACACAUAUUUUGAAAAAGAAUAAAGAAUAUGUAAAAGAAAAUAUGGAUGUUAGGGCAAAAACAAGCUAUAAUAAACUUUUUUUAAUCUAUCAAUGUCUCGCAGAUUUAUCAUGUAUAUGCUGUUCUAUUCAAAUUUUGACAAAUUCUUUAUAUAAAACUAUAGUCGCUGUUGCUCUUCUUCCAUCUGGCCAAUCAUUAAAGACUAAUAUUGAUAGAAAAAUUAUUACUUCAAAAGAAACUGAUUUAUCUAAAACAAUAAAAAAUGACUUAGUACCAAAGCUAUUCCUCACAAAUAGCAAUGACGAUUUAUUUUUGAAUUGGCACGAUGACUAUGGAUCAUUAUUUUUUACCAUUAUUACUCAAGUUAAAGGAUACAAAAAGCCUGUAACACUACUUUUAAAAGAAAAAAGCUCAAAAGGGCUAGUUCUGAUAUAUGGAGAGACUGAACUAGAAAUUGCUUAUUCACGAUUGCAGAUAAAAAAACUGGAAAAGAGUUCUUUACGCCAUAUAAAAAAGAAGCUAAUAAAGCACCUUUAUUAUGAUUCGAAAAUUGGCCAUUUGCAGUGAAUUGAAAAUGCAAAUUCUAUGUUUGAUAAAAAAGAAAAAAAUUCAUUAUUUUUGGAUUUAAAUUAUAUAUAUGAAGUUCUUGGUAUUAAGCUAUUUCAUUUUAACUCUUAUUUUAUGUAUGAGCUUGGAGAAGACACAUAUAAAAUCGAAAUAUGAGUAUAUAAAGAGCAUGCCAUGAUUAAAGUAUUCAAAAAUUUGAAAUUAAUUGAUCAAACUGAAUCAGGAGCGCAUAAUUUUAAAUUCGUUACAGAUUUGCAAAUUCUUGAUAUUAUUUCCAGUCCAUUAACUUUAUCUCGAUCACUUGAAUUCAAAUUCUAUCUCAAAAGUCUUGAAUUUGAAUGUUUGAAUAGCAGCUUAUCAAUGUAA